GCGAGCCUUGCUAUUACUUGGACCGAAGUCAUUCACUCUCAGUCUUUGUCUUCCUACAAAACCCCAUCAUAUUCACUCCCGUGUCUUAGGUGCUCAUGACAGCAUGAGAAACUGGUGGCCUUUUCAACCUCACACAAAUGCCAAAGCACGCUUAGACAGCUGAGCGGAACCGGUCCUUUCUCUCUCGUCCUUUGAAUCUCCCACCUCACGCUUCUCCAGAGCCACCAUGGGGACUGCAAAGAUCCUUGUUGUCGGCAGCAUCCAAGGUCAACUAAAGAAGGCUUUCGACAAGAUAUCGAAACUGCAAGCCAAACACAACUUCUCGUUGGCCAUUGUCGUCGGCGAUCUUCUGGGCCUCUCUGACGAUGAAAGCAAUUCAAAGGAACUGGAGGCGCUGCUCAACGGUCAGAUCGAAGUACCUCUCCCGACGUAUUUCACGGUUGGCGACUCGCCUUUCCCAGGAUCCGUCAAAGCAAAGCUCGAAGACGGCGAUCUGUGUUCGAAUCUUUUCUAUCUAGGCCGCAAAGGGACCGUGACCACUACGGAAGGCGUGAGAAUCGUGUCACUCGGAGGGCGAUUAGUACAGAACGAAGCGUCGCUCACUGAGAAGCUUGGCCCUUACGACCCAUGGUAUCUCGACAGCGAGUCAAGAGGACUGCACGGCGCUCAUUCCGCACACAUUCUCGUUACAAAUCAGUGGCCGGCAAACAUCACCAAUGGGUCCAAGAUCGAGUUGCCGGAGGGUGUGGAUGGGACGUCUGGCACUCAAUCUAUCGCCAACCUCUGUCAAGCACUCAAGCCAUGGUAUCAUUUCUGCAGCAGUCCAAGUGCCCUGUGGGAGCGAGAGCCCUUCAAGCAUGUGGUCGAGUACACUUCGUUCGAUCAACCGAGCGUCACUAGAUUUAAAAGUCUGCCGGGCGUGUCCGCACCCACGAAAGAGUGGAUGUCGGCGUUUACGCUGGACACCUCGCGUCCUCCACCUACGAUGAUUUCUCCGCUUGACUCACCCUUCAUCAGAUCUUCACCGCCAAGGAAGCGACAAGCCAUCGACGACAGAGCACCAUAUCGGGGCGGGGCAGAUGAAGGCUAUGGUUCAUACAAUCGCAAGCGUGCUCGGAGAGGACCACGUGGCGACCCUAAUGACUGUUUCAUGUGUCUCAACAAGCCAGGCACCAAGACUCACCUUGUCGUGUCUCUAGGGGACGAAAGUAUGGCAACAGUCACGAGGGGCCCCUUACCGUUGCCAUCGACAUUUCCGCAGCUGUCCUUUACCGGCCACGUCAUGAUUAUCCCAUACUACCACGCAGCAGACGAGUUGGCGCACGGAAAGAGAUCACCCGACGAAUUAGCCGCCGAAUUCAAGGAAAUGAACAGAUUCCGAAAGGCCCUGAGUGUCAUGGUGGGGGCGAAGAGCCACGGUCAGCUAGGCACGGUGUGCUGGGAAGUCAACCGGACCGGCAUCCGGCAUUUCCACUGGCAACUCGUUGCCUGCCCGGUCGACCGCAUCAAGACGGGGAUGGUUGAGGCCGCGUUCAAGGUGAAGGCAUCGCAGUACGAGUACCCGGACUUCCAAUCCUGUGCUGCCGACGCCCAGCUUCCACAACGAUCGGAUUACUUCCGAGUGUGGACGUGGCUGGCCGAUCCCGUGCAGUUGGCCGACCAUGCCAACGGCAACGCCAACGAGGGCGACGACGUGGGCGUGGCCAAAUCCCUAUUCUUUUCGUUGCCCACAAAUCAAAAGUUCAACAUCUGGUUCGGGAGAGAAGUGAUGGCCGGCCUGCUACAACUGGAAAACCGGGUCAAUUGGAUGGACUCGAUCCUGUCCAAGGACGGGAGCGACCAGGCCGCCGAGGAAGAGGACGCAGAGGGUCUACGAGCUGAUUUCGAGGAGUUUGAUUUUGCGAUGAAAUGAAAGGACCUGCACGGAGCAGAGGCUCUAGAUACGGUCUUGCAUGUGGAUCGGAGCUGGUUUGGACUCCAGGAUUGGAUGACGAUAUUUAUCAUUUUGAGAUACCCUUCAAGGCGUUCAAGGCUCAGGUUUGGUAAUUCUUUGGGGGCGAGUCGACAGUGGCGUGGCGCAAGCAGGGCACUGGUCGCGGCCAGGUCUCUCCACCUGCGACGUGACAGGCUCGCUUGGCCUCGCACAGUUUCAGUUCUGAGUUUUUGGGGUUUGCUUUCUACAACAACUAGAUCCUGUGCUUCAGAACCAGUUGAACGUGGCCUGCUGGAUCUACAUCUGGAACUAGAUCAGGAUAGAGGAAUGAAUACUCGAUACCUCUGCAAAUGAUUUCCGACACGAUGACCUGAUCUGUGCCGUGCUAACAUUCUCCGCCUUUCUGAAGAAGCCGAUUACCUCGCCCAUUCAGCUCUUUGAACAUCGAUGGUAUUCUAACGAGCACAACCAGCAGUGACUGACGAGAUGUCCUAGAUCCAUAUCCCACAAUGGCCAUUCUGCCGGCGCGUGUUUCCCCCCUUCGAGGACCAUCAAUUCCAACGAGGCUUCCCACCCGCAGCUAGCACCCUACCUACAGACAGCCGCAGUCGCGUUCUCGAAGACCAAAAUCCUCAAUCCUACAUCGCGCGAGAGGGAAAACCUGAUGAAUCGACAAGGGUCACUGUCACUCCGUGGCGAGGGGAAAACCGAAUGGGUCGAAGAACCGAGGACUCCGUAUACCAGCUUAGAAUAAGGACAGGACCCAGAACGUGCAACAUACAACCUGCUGCAAGCGCAGAGGUAUUCUCGCGACAGCCACCUGCCUGUCUGUGUGCCCGAUCCAACAUGCUCCGAGAACGGUUGGAUGGGGGUUGAAGGAUGGACCGACGAGAUGAGACGAAGACGGUUGUCUUCAAAGAAGCAAAAGUGAUGCAACUGGACAGACACCAUACUGGACCACGAGAGCGGUGCUCAAGGUUGGUCCCGGGGGUACAGGAGCCAAUCAAAGAGUUAUGGUCCAUGUCACAGAGCGAAAACGAGUGAUUGUGCUCAGAUAGAAAGAUAAACGUCUACCGGAAAUGAAUAUUACAUUGCUGGCCUUCCUUGGGCCGGCUCCAGGCUUAUCCUGCCGUGAUGGAUGAGAUCCUGGCAAAUAAU